UCUUAUCUUAUGAAUGGCGUCCGCGCUGAAAGCCUUCACGCCUUCGUCGGGCUUCACGCUUUCGCAUUCGAAGAAGGCCUCGGCGGUGUCGCCCGAACCGCUUUCGUUCUUGGAACUCUGCUCGAGCUCCAGAGAGCUCCGCCAAAUCCUCCCCCAGAUCAUCAAGCACGAGCUUUACUACGAGCCCUUCGUCCAGGCCAAGCUCAUUGCCCUCUUCUCCCGCUUCGCCGCACUCCGUGAAGCCUCCCUGGUGUUCGACUCCGUCGUUGCAAAGACCGACGAGCUCUACCACUCCAUUCUCAAAGGCCAUGCCCACCACUCCUCCCUCGAUGCCGCGCUUUCUUUCUUCAUCUCAAUGAAGCACGCCCGUGUCCGCCCCGUCGUCUACAAUCUCACCUAUCUCCUCAAGUCUUGCGGUGACAACUCCGACUUGCAGCGAGGGAGAGAGAUCCACUCGCAGCUCGUCACUAAUGGCUUCAGUUCCAACAUCUUCGCCAUGACCGCUGUGGUGAAUAUGUAUGCAAAGUGUAGGCAAAUUGAUGAUGCCCGGAAGAUGUUUGAUAGAAUGCCUGAAAGAGACUUGGUUGCUUGGAAUGCAAUUGUUGCUGGAUAUGCGCAGAAUGGUUUAGCAGAGAAUGCUUUUGAGAUGGUCUUGAGAUUGCAAGAAGAUGGGAAAAAACCAGAUUCUAUCACUCUUGUUUCGAUCCUGCCAGCCUGUGCCGCUACUGGUUCAUUGAAGAUCGGUUGUUCCAUUCAUGGUUAUGCCCUUCGAGCUUGUUUAGAGUCCCUUGUUAAUGUUUCAACGGCUCUCAUCGAUAUGUACUCCAAGUGCGGUGCACUGAGGGCUGCUAGAUUGGUGUUUGAUAGAAUGCGAGUGAGGAAUGUUGUGUCAUGGAACUCGAUGAUUGAUGGAUAUGCGCAAAGAGGGAAUGCUGCGGAGGCGAUGAUGUUGUUCAGGAAGAUGCUGGUCGAAGGCGUUCAGCCAACGGAGGUCACGGCAAUGGCUGUACUGCAUGCUUGCGGCGAACUAGGAAAUGCUGAUGACGGGAAGUCAGUUCAUGAGCUGUUAUCGAGGAUUGGACUGUGCUUUGAUUAUUCAGUCAUGAAUUGUUUGAUCACAAUGUACUGCAAGUGCAAGAGACUGGACAUAGGUGCUGAGAUCUUUGAGUCGUUGCCAGAAAAGACUCUUGUUUCUUGGAAUGCUAUGAUUUCCGGCUACACGCAGAAUGGGAAAGCAGAAGAUGCUCUCCGUCUCUUCUGCAGGAUGUGCAGCAGCAAGAAUGUUCAGCCAGAUUCGUUCACUUUGGUCAGUGUGAUUCCUGCACUCGCUGAUGUAUCAAUGCUUCGCCAAGCGAAAUGGAUGCAUGGACAUGCUAUAAGGUUGUGCCUGGAUCAAAACAUAUUCGUCAUGACUGCACUUGUAGAUAUGUAUUCCAAAUGUGGGGGAUUAAGCAUAGCUCGAAAGCUCUUUGAUAGCAUGGAUGAGAGGCAUGUGACUACAUGGAAUGCGAUGAUAGAUGGGUAUGGAAGCCAUGGAUUUGGAAGAGAUGCUACUGAGCUCUUCGAAGAGAUGAGAAAGGGACUGGUAAAGCCGAAUGAUGUAACAUUCCUGUGUGUUCUUUCAGCUUGCAGCCAUUCAGGUUUGGUUGAUGAGGGAAAGAGAUAUUUUGAGAGCAUGAAACUAGAUUACGGAUUGGAGCCUGCAGUUGAUCACUAUGGGACUAUGGUCGAUCUCCUCGGUCGUGCUGGGAGGAUGAAUGAGGCUUGGAAGUUCAUUGAGAAGAUGCCGAUUAAACCGAGCAUUAGUGUUUAUGGUGCGAUGCUUGGCGCCUGCAAGAUUCACAAGAAUGUAGAGUUAGGAGAAAAGGCAGCGCAGAGAUUGUUUGAGCUUGAGCCUGAAGAAGGUGGUUACCAUGUUUUACUGUCAAACAUCUACGCAACAAACUCCAUGUGGAAAGAAGUUGCCAGAGUGAGAAGAAUGAUGGAGAAGAAAGGCCUGCAAAAGACUCCUGGUUGUAGUUUCAUAGAAUUAAGGAAUGAGGUACAUACCUUCUACUCUGGGUCUACCAAUCACCCACAAGCGGAGAAGAUAUAUGCAAGACUUGAUAAACUUUUCGAUGAGAUUAAAGCAAUCGGAUAUGUUCCCGACACCGAAUCAAUACAUGAUGUUGAAGAUGAUGUGAAAGUGCAGCUGCUCAAUAGCCACAGCGAGAAACUGGCCAUUGCAUUUGGUCUAAUAAACACAAAAGCUGGUGCCACAAUACAAAUCAGGAAAAAUCUUCGUGUUUGUACUGAUUGCCAUAAUGCAACCAAGUUCAUUUCUCGGUUAACAGGGCGGGAGAUCAUCGUCAGGGAUAUGCAGCGGUUCCAUCAUUUUAAGGACGGUGUAUGUUCAUGCAGAGAUUAUUGGUAGCAAUGGAUGUUGAUUCAUUCAAAACAAGAAUUACAGCCCACGACAUAGACUGAAAAACCCGGUGGCUUUACAUUAAACAUGCAUAAAUUCUCUAGAAACUCUUGCCCAGGUUAUAUCUUUAAAUGUCAAGAA